CUCGAGGAAGAGGCCGGCCAGCAAGGCGCCUUCAACCCGGAGACUGGCGAGAUCAAUUGGGAUUGCCCGUGCCUGGGCGGCAUGGCCCACGGCCCUUGCGGCGACGAGUUCAAGGCUGCCUUCAGCUGCUUUGUCUUCUCGAAGGAGGAGCCGAAGGGCAUGGAUUGCAUUGACAAGUUCAAGGGCAUGCAAGACUGCUUCAGGCAAUACCCGGACAUCUACGGAGAGGAGAUUGCCGACGACGGUGCCGACGACAACGACAACGAUGUGGACUCGUCAGUAGGCCAGGACUUGGCUGCUACCCCCGCCGUGACGCCCUCUGGCGGCCACGAGCGCGCCGAAAAGGUCGCGGACCACAAGCCUCACCACCCUCCUUCUCCGGAGCACGAGGUCAAGGGCCGGACGGAGCGCGCGAAGAAUGCGUCGCAGCAGGUCAAGGACACGCACGCGGCGCUGGAGCAGGCCGAGGCCGAGGCAGUUGUUCCCAAGGAGUGGCACGAGAACAAGUAA